AUGGAGCGAGAAGAAGACGAGGAGCCGCCGCUCGCCGUCGCGAUCGACGGCGUCGUUGACGGCGGGGUCGCUCCAGGUCCGUACGAUGAGGGGAACGCUGGUCGACGGCCAUAUCUUCUUCCCGAAUCUCAGCCGGUCGGGGUCACCGUUAUCACGGGAUAUCUCGGCGCCGGCAAGUCAACCUUGGUGAAUUAUAUAUUGAAUGGGCAACACGGGAAGAGAAUAGCCGUAAUACUGAACGAGUUUGGUGAGGAGAUAGGAGUCGAGCGAGCCAUGAUCAACGAGGGAGAAGGCGGAGCUCUUGUGGAGGAGUGGGUCGAGCUUGCAAACGGCUGCAUUUGCUGCACGGUUAAGCAUAGCUUGGUUCAAGCACUCGAGCAGCUUGUUCAGAGAAAGGAAAGGCUUGACCAUAUAUUACUGGAGACUACAGGUCUAGCAAACCCCGCCCCUCUAGCUUCUGUUCUUUGGUUGGAUGACCAAUUGGAAUCUGAUGUUAGGCUCGACUCGAUUAUCACUGUUGUUGAUGCCAAAAACCUCAGAUAUCAGCUCAAAUCACAUCACGACUCGUCGUCUUUUCCUGAAGCUUAUCAUCAAAUUGCAUUUGCGGAUGUUGUGAUUCUUAAUAAAGUCGAUCUGGUGGGUAAUGAUGAUUCUGGAGUUCUCAUAGAAGAUCUCGAAACGGACAUACAUAAUAUUAAUUCACUUGCCAAAGUUAUCCGUACUUUUCGCUGCCAAGUUGAUUUGUCGAAGAUACUGAACUGUCAAGCUUAUGAUUCGAAACAUGCCAAUCAUUUGGAGACUUUACUGAGAGAAAGUCAAUCUCUUUCCACCAAUGAUAUUCAUGACAGUGGUGUAAGAACACUCUGCAUAUCCGAGCCGAAGACAGUUGAUCUUGAAAAGGUUAAGGUUUGGAUAGAGGAGAUCCUUUGGGAAAAGAAAUAUGGCAUGGAUGUUUACCGAUGCAAAGGAGUUUUAAGUAUUUCAAAUUCGGACCAGUUAUAUACCCUGCAGGCUGUGAGGGAAGUGUACGAAAUAAUUCCGAGCCGCAACUGGAAAGAUGACGAUAAUAGAAUCAACAAAAUUGUCUUUAUUGGUCGAUCGUUGGAUGAAGAGAUCUUAGUUAGUUCAAUGCGAGCUUGCACCGUAUAA